GGCAGAGAAGGGGCGGGGCAGGUUAGUUUUCAGACCGGAGAAUGUGUCUAUUGGCGGAGCGUGAGAGAGGCGGGGUGUAGUGGCGCAAGUCCGGCGACAAAACGCAGGGCGCGCUGACGGGUUUCGUCGGGCGGAGAGAUGGCCGACGAGAUCAGUAAAGCUAAAGUGGCCGCGCCCGGCGGAGAUACCAUAUUCGGCAAAAUCAUCCGCAAAGAGAUUCCUGCCAAGAUCAUCUUCGAGGAUGAUCGGUGCCUCGCGUUCCAUGACGUUUCUCCACAAGCUCCAACCCAUUUCUUAGUGAUUCCCAAAAAGCCUAUUGCUCAGAUAUCUCAAGUGGAAGAUUCUGAUGAAGCUCUUCUUGGUCAUUUAAUGGUUGUGGGGAAGAAAUGUGCUGCUGAAUUGGGCCUGACCAAGGGAUACCGAGUGGUGGUGAAUGAAGGGCCAGACGGUGGUCAGUCUGUCUACCAUUUACACCUGCAUGUCCUUGGUGGUCGUCAGAUGGGUUGGCCUCCUGGAUAAAAUCUAAUUGGAUUGCAUUCAAUCCAUGUCUUAAAUAUGGUAAACACAUAUUUGAAAUAUUCAACCACUGUCAUUGAGUUCUUCUGCUUAACUUGUUUUAUGGAGCACACAACUUGUGCAGGUGUUCAAUAAAGACACAAGCAUGUUGGAUCUCA